AGGUAAGACAUCAGGGCGGCCUACCCUGACGUCACCUGAGCGCGCCAUGGCGGAGACAGUUGAGGCUUCCACUGCCUCUUCGGAGCUUCGCCGCGAAGGGAAUGUGCUCUUCCAGGCCGGGCGCUUCGAGGAGGCCCUGGCCGUGUACACCCGCGCUCUCGGCCUCUGCGGCACGGAGGAACGCGCUGAGAAGGGCCUCCUACACCGGAACCGCUCCGCCUGCGCGCUCAAGCUGGAGGACUAUGCCCAAGCCGAGCUGGAUGCCUCCGAAGCCCUCAAAGUGGAUGGGCGGGAUGUUAAGAGCCUCUUCCGCCGCAGCCAGGCCCUCCAGCAACUGGGCCGCCCGGACCAGGCCAUCCAGGACCUCCAGCGCUGCAUCAGCCUGGAGCCCCGGAACAAGGCCUUCCAGGAGGCCCUGCGCAGUCUUGGCAGCAGCAUGCAGGAGAAGAUGAGAAACAUGUCCUGCACUGACUCCAAAGUGGAACAGAUGUUCAAGUUGCUGCUUGACAACGAAGAGAAGGAUCUGGACAAGAAACAAAAGGCAGCUCAGAACCUCAUUGUUUUGGCUCGUGAGGAAGCUGGGGCAGAGAAGAUUUUCCAAAAUGAUGGUGUGCGCCUGUUGCUGCAGCUCUUGGACACAGGCCGGCUAGACAUGACGCUGGCAGCCCUCCGGACUCUCGCUGGCCUUUGCCAGGGGCACCGCUCCCGGACGAUGUCAAUCCUGACGGAGUUGGGGACUGAGCGCCUCUUUGCAGUUCUAGAGAUGGAGGCUGAGCAGGUCUGCUUGGCUGCUUACAACCUGCUGCAGGUUGUGUUUGAUGCACUUAAGGAGGGGCUGCAGAAGGAGGAGCUUGGCAAGAAGGACAACAUCUUGGUGCCGGAUACAGCCAAAGAAUUGAAAUUGCUGCUCCGGCGUCUUCUGGAGGCUCUGACCAGGGAUAGAAUCUCUGGCUAUGGUCGGGACAGCCUCCUCAACUUGCUUAUCAACAAGGUGCCUCGGAAAUCCCCACAGGACCCCAACAACUGCCUGACCCUCUGGGUCAUUGACCAGGGUCUCAAAGACAUCCUGGAGGUCGGGGGCACUGUCAGUCAGAGCCCUGGGGGCCUGCAGGUAACUGAGAACACCCACAUGACUGCCGCUGUCCUCCUCAACAAGCUCUAUGGAGACCUGAAAUGUGAUGCGGAGAGGGAAAACUUCCACCGGCUUUGUGAGGAUUAUGUCAGGGGCUGGUUCCAGGACCACGGGAUCCCAGGGCAGCUCAGGGCCAUCCAGACAGUGUCCUGCCUCCUGCAAGGUCCAGCUGAGGCUGGGAACCGGGUGCUGGAACUGAGCGGUGUCAUGGAGGGCAUGCUGGCCUUGUGUGCCUCUUCAAAGGAGGCGGAGCAGCUGGUGGCGGUGGAGGCCCUGAUCCAUGCGGCAGACAAGGCCAAGCGCGCCACCUUCAUCACCGCCAAUGGUGUGACACUUCUCAAGGAGAUCUACAAGCACAGCCCGCGCGACACCAUCCGGAUCCGUGCCUUAGUGGGCCUCUGUAAGCUGGGCUCGGCAGGAGGCACAGACUUCAGCAUGAAGCAGUUUGCUGAGGGCUCCACCCUGAAGCUGGCCCGUCAGUGCCGCAAGUGGCUCUGCAAUGAGGCCAUGGACCGUGGCACACGGCACUGGGCUGCAGAGGGCCUGGCCUUCCUCACUUUGGAUGCCGAUGUUAAGGAGGAGCUUCUGGAGGAUAAGGCAGCACUACAGGCGCUUUUCCACCUGGCCAGGUCAGAGAACCAGAGUUCCCUCUUUGCUGUGGCCUCCACACUGGUGAACUGUACCAACAGCUAUGACCACGAAGAGCCAGACCCUCAGAUGGUGGAGCUGGCCAAGUAUGCUAAGCAGCACAUCCCUGAGAAGCACCCAAAGGACAAGCCAGAGUUUGUGCAUCGGCGUGUGAAGAAGUUGCUUGGUGCUGGCAUGGUGUCAGCCCUCACUUGCAUGAUGAAGAAGGAGAGCGUAGCCCUGAGCCCUGCCUGCCGGGAGCUCAUUUCCAGAGUGUUCCUGGCUGCUGUGGAAGAUCCAGAGGACAGGGGUGCUGUGGUGGCUGCUGGAGGGGGAAAGGCUCUCAUCCCUUUGGCCUUGGAGGGCACUGACGUUGGGCAGACCAAGGCGGCCCAAGCCUUGGCCAAGAUCGCCAUCACCACCGCUCCAGAGAUGGCCUUCCCGGGCGAGCGGGUGUAUGAGGUGGUCCGUCCCUUGGUGAGCCUCCUGCACCUGAACCGCAGUGGCCUGCAGAACUUUGAGGGGCUGAUGGCCCUCACAAACCUGGCUGGGACCAGCGAGCGGCUGAGGCAGAAGAUCGUGAAGGAGAAGGCCCUGCCCAUGGUUGAGGGCUACAUGUUCGAGGAGCACGACAUGAUCCGUGUGGCGGCUGUGGAGUGCAUGUGCAACUUGGCCCUGAGCCCAGAGGUGGCUGAGCUGUUCCUGGCCGAAGGCAGUGAUCGGCUGAAGCUGAUCGUUCUCUACAGCGGAGAGGAGGAUGACCGGCUCCGGCAGGCCGCUUCGGGGACGCUGGCCGUCUUGACGUCGCUGAUGCCUGAGAUCUGCACCCGCAUCCCUCAAGUGACUGAGGCUUGGCUGGAGAUCCUGCAGGCCCUCCUGCUCAGCCCCAACAGUGCCCUCCAGCACCGGGGUGCAGUGGUCGCCAGGAACAUGGUGGCGGCAGACAAGGAGCUGGCAGCGAAGCUGAUGGAGACGGAGACGAUGGAGAUCCUGUCGGCCCUCUGCGGCCUGAAGGACCAGCCCCAGGUGGCCCAAGUGGCCCAGGAGUGCAUGGCGCAGGCUGUGAGCCUUGGGUUGAUCAAGCCGGGUGCCAAUGCUGGGGAGUGAGAGAGGGCAUCACAUGGGGGGGGGGGGGGG